UCUAAAGAAUCAACCGGUCAGUGUAAAUAAACAGGAGAAGGGACAGAUAAAAGUAGUAAACUGUGCAAAUAAUAAGUUUUCGUUUAUGUAGCUAUAAUAGAGGUUGAACUACAUAGUCAUACUUCAUUCAAAGUACGCCUGCCACACUGUCGCGGUAGAUCCUGAGGCAAAGCCAUACUGAAAACAUCUUGCUACAGUUAAUAUAUGCAAUGGAGGAGCUACACAGUCAUUGCCAGAAUUGUGUUAACCGAAGAUGCAUGGUAAGACUAGAGAUUGGCGUUUCGUGUGACCUCAUGGGCUGUCCCCUUGUGUGUGGGGCAGUUUUCCACUCAUGUAAAGCAAACGAGCAUCGUUUACUAUGUCCAUAUGAAAGGGUGCCUUGCCUAAAUAGUGGUUUUGGAUGCCCCUUCACUAUUGCCAGAAUGAAAAUGGCCCAGCACCUGGGAACAUGUCCAGCUAGUGUUGUUUGCUGCACCAUGGAAUGGAACCGAUGGCCGGUUAGCUAUGCUGAUCGUAAAUCCUAUGAAAACUUGAGUAAGGAAGUUUACGAUGUAGAACAACUGGAUAUGGCGUUGGCUCUACAAGAUCAGCGCAUGUUACUUGAGUCUCUCAAAGUGACCACCACUGUGGCAAAAACAGUGGAUGAACAAAAUGAGGAAAACGAAAGACUGAACGCUAGCACUGAAGAAGCAGACUUGAAAAAUGGACUAAUUGAAAUGGAUGGAGAGACAUACAAUGAACUUUACAAGGCGUCAGUGGAAACCAGCAGAAAUUUAGCAGCAGCUUUGGACCUUCUCAGCAGUGCAAACAAAGGUAUCGACUUGAUCAUGGAAAACCUCAGUGGUAAGAAUGUAGAUAACAAUGGGGCUUGUCACAGUGGUAUAAACGGGGAUCAUUGUUCAAAAGAAGAUAAAAUUGAGCUUAUGAGGGAAAGUGACACAGAUUCGGAGUGUGAGCUGGGAGCUGUAGGUGGAGUAGACUGUGCUUUUCCAGUAGAUUUUGAUGAAGAUGAAAGUGAGUGGAGGGAACAAAGUGCAUUUGAUGAGCCUUCCGAUGAAGAAGAGGAAAUAAAUGGGAAUGUGAAUGUUGAUAGACAUGGAUUUUUAAAUUAUGAGGAGAAUCCAAAUCAUGUCAGACUUGAAAUGCAUGUGGAGAGACCUGUGGUAAAUUUCACCAACUUUGCAGAUGUUAGGCCAAAUAUGCCUUAUCAUUCCAUGCCCAUUGUAGCACGGCAACCAGAAAUGGCCCAUUCACCACAGUUUCCACUACCUCCACCCAUACCUCUGCCUGAUUUAGUGCAGAACAAUGUUUUACACCAGCUUCCUGUUGAAAUCGAAGACCGAUGGCUGGAGCGCAAGUUGCAGAACCUUCAAGUGCUUAGAGGUAUGAGCGUGUUUACAUGUAACGGACGGAAGACUCUUCUGUCCAGUCCAUAUUUGUUCCGGGCUAAGAUGGAAGAUAAGGCAGUGGACACUUCUGACCUCGAGGUUGCGGACGAUCCUAUUGGCCUACACGGUAUCGACUUGAUCACUGCUGCUUUGCUCUUCUGCCUCGGUGACUCACCAGGAGGUAGAGGCAUCUCGGACAGCCGUUUUGUGGAUGGAUAUCGGAUUGACUUUGGCACGCAGACUUUUUCCUUUCCCUCUGCUAUACUGGCCACCAGCACCAUGGUGGGUGAUAUUGCCUCAGCAUCUGCCUGUGAUCAUGCCAGCCCUCAGCUGUCCAACCCCAGUCCAUUCCACACACUCAGGCUGGACCUGGUGCUAGAGUGUGUUGCUCGUUACCAGACCAAGCAGCGCUCUAUGUUCACGUUUGUGUGUGGGCAACUGUUUCGCAGGGACGAGUUCUCCUCCCAUUUUAAAAAUGUCCAUGGGGACAUCCAUGCUGGGCUCAAUGGCUGGAUGGAGCACAGGUGCCCUUUGGCAUUCUAUGGCUGCACCUACUCCCAGAGAAGGUUCUGCCCCUCUGUGCAGGGUUCUAGAAUUAUUCACGAUCGCCACCUGGGCUCGUUUGGUGUGCAGUCCGGCUUAGCUGAACGUUCGGGUAAAGUCCAGUACCGCAAUCGCUCCCACUGUAACAACCUCAGCAGCUUACCCUUUGAGCUACUCCAGCAUAUUGCAAGCUUUUUGGAUGGUUUUAGUCUGUGCCAGCUCUCCCGAGUGUCUCGUACCAUGAGGGACGUUUGUGCUAGUCUGCUUAAAUCGCGCGGUAUGGUGGUCUUGCUUUGGGCGAAGACAAGACGUGCAGAUGGCUCUUUCUCGUGGCAGAUUCAUGACAAGGUAUGGAGAUUUAGCACAGCCUUUGGAACAGUGAAGGAGUGGAAAUUUGCCAACAUUUCCAGUAUGGCUGAUCACCUAAAGAAGUGCAAGUUCAACACCGUGGCCCGUCGAGAGGAAGCCGUCCCCCUGCCAUGCAUGAGUCACACCAGAGAACUGACUAAAGAAGGUCGCUCAGUGUGCUCCAUGCUCAGGCCAGUCUUAUAGGCUGAGCUUAAAAAAAAGAAAAGAAAUCUUCUGCCGUAAUGGCUUUUUCAGUGUGACAGAUGAGUGUGAUGUUUUCAUUUAACAAUACUGGGGUUGAAUUUUUUUUUUGUUGUUUUUUUUUGUUUUUUACUGUGUACUAUCAUAGGAAUUAAAUUAAGCAGAACCUUAAUGUAAAUAUAUACUUAUUUACACUCAUUUUCUAACAAAACAUGCUGGGUUUAUUAUUUUAUAUUCACUUGUACAGAUGGACAAAACAUAUUUUAAGGUCUAUUUUAAUGCAUUAAUGCCUACAGGUAUGUCCCAUUAGGACACAAAAACAUUGUAAAGACGAAUAAUGAUCAACAAUAAUUUAUUUAGGAAUGUAAUAAUGUUCAAUUACCAUAUGUCUUCAGCAGUUUUGUAACUACAGACCGUUUAACAGAACAGUUAAACAGUUUUUUUGGUUUUUAGGUAUACAAUAUGUAGCACUUUUCUAAAAAAAAAACACUAGAACAAGAAGUUUACUUUUUAAAAUCUAAUGGAACGUCACUAAGGCAUGUUAUGUUUUGUCCUGGAAGUGAAGUUAUCACUGAUUAUUCGCUGUAGAUAUAAAUGUACACUAACAUUUUGCAUAAAGUGGUACAGUAUAUACACCCACAGUCCUCUCAGUACAUUCUCAUGCAAUUAUCCAGUAACCAAAUCAGGUAGCAGAAGCGCAAUGCAUAAAAUCAUGGACCAAACCUGGACCACUGAAAAUGUUUGUUUUUGUUUGUCUGGGGUCUUUUUGCACCAUUUUGUUAAAGCGAUAGAAACUGUUGUGCAAAGAAAAAAUGUAGAUCUGAAAAAUUAAAAUGCAUAUUCAUGGCAUCUACAACCAUGCCAUGUUUUUCCUCAAUUCUGAUGUUUGAUGUGAACAUGAACUGAAUCUCAACCUCUGUCUGCAUGACUUUAUGCAUUGUGCUGCUGCAACACAGUUGGCUGAUUGAAUAAUUUUAGGACUGUACAGGUGUUCCUAUUAAAGUGUCCGCUGAGCAUACGUCUGUGCUUUUGGAUUUUGAUGGGCAGCUUUACCUCUCUCCUUUUUUUUUUUUUUUUGAGCCGUAAUGGAAGCCUGCCGGACAGGUCUACAGCAAAACGUCUGCUAUUCAGUUAGCAAAAAGGUCAUCUGUUAGACAAAUCACUAAGCAUGACACAUGAACAACACAUUUCCAAUUUUUUCUAAUGUUUCUCAGGGUUCUAGAGCUGAAAGGAGGAAUUAGAAUGAACAGAAAGAGGAAAGAAACACAGUGUGGAGUCAUAGCUGUACUUGCAUAUUUAAUGUUCAGUGUAUAAGGCAAGGAGUAUUUUAUGGUUCUUGGGGUGUCAGUAUUAAAUAAAGAGCACAAAUAAGACAACUGUGUUAUAUUUUGGUAGACAGAAUGUUUUUAUAGAUCAGUUUUUGAUUUGGUGAGCCUGAGGAAUAUUUUUAUUGAGCACUACUGAGGAAUUAAAACGUUGAACCAUUUUGUUUGAUGUCUCUGCUUACAGGCUAUUAUAAAAUUGAAGUGUGUGCAUCGACAUGUAGCAUGGUGUUAGCACACAGUUGUGUAUUAAAACAGCUCAAAACAAUUGGUUGCCAAUAGAUUUGCAUGGGCUAGCAGUUCUGGCUUCAAUUUUGAGUACUGAAUGUUUUUGGUAAGAGCAAGUGAGAUUUUAUAGCGUCAUAUUUCCCACUGAUGUGAUAAACAGCAAAUUGGAUGCACUUUGGAGAUCAUAUGAUUGUUUCUGACUCCUUAUGCAUGUGAAGCUUAUUGCUGGAAAUAUCAAACUAUUGUCUACCCUUAAGCAGUUUUUAUUUUUGUGGAUCAUAAAAGACAUAU